AAAUCUUAUUAGAUGCUUUUGAGAUUCAUUAAAAGAACCGAAGCAUCAGGCACGUUUAAAACAUUACCAGGCUGGAUGGAGUACGAAGGCACUGAGGGCAAUGUACUUAAACCUCCGUAGGUUCAACCAAGUCUCACUGGGCGUAACACAACGAACAAGUGAUGCUUUUUGAAACAAAUUUGGAGAGUUGGCUGCAGGAAAAUUAACAAGCCAGUGGAUUUCCUUUCCCCUUCCUUAGGAAACUUGUUUCUGUAGAUGCAAAAAGGGCCCUAGAUCCUCUGGAAGAGAAAGAGGCGAGUGGGGAGGGGAAGUUUCUCUGCUUUCUUUACUCCCCACCUGCAGUCUGUCUGAUUUCCUCUCCAGCUCUGUCUGAUAAGGAAUUGAUUCUCCCCCUCCUCUUCCCCCUCCCGCCCUCCCUCUCCUUCUCCCUGAGUAACGAUGCUGUCCUAGCAAGUGAUGCUGUCGGAGACAGGAGACAGGCGCCGAGGAGGCAUCGCCGCCGCCGCGGGGCUGGAGAGCCUCUCCCAGCACCAGCGCCCCGCUCGGCCCCGGGCUUCCUCGUCGCAGCCACGGCCGCGGCGGUUGCUCCCACGUUUUGAUGGUGGGCGGCGGCAGCUCGGCUUCGGCGCCAGCCUCUAACUGCUCGAUCGCUGGCCGCACCGCUCUCCGCUCCUGCCUUCCCGCCCUGGGCCGCCCGGGGCCGCGGAAGCCGCGGGAGGUGGGGAAGGGGCGCCCCGGGAAGACCGCACGGCCGCGAAGGUGGAGGAGGCCGGCAGCUGGUACCCCCACACCCGGACCGCAGCUGGCGCGAUGUCCACCAAGGUCAGGAAGUGCAAGGAGCAAGCAAGGGUGACCUUCCCCGCGCCGGAGGAGGAGGAAGAGGAGGGCGAGGACGAGGGAGCGGAGCCGCAGCGCCGCCGCCGGGGCUGGAGGGGCGUCAACGGGGGGCUGGAGCCGCGCUCUGCGCCCUCGCAGCGGGAGUCGCACGGCUACUGCCCGCCGCCCUUCUCCCACGGGCCGGACCUGUCCAUGGAGGGAAGCCCAUCCCUGAGACGCAUGACGGUGAUGCGGGAGAAGGGCCGCCGCCAGGCUGUCAGGGGCCCGGCCUUCAUGUUCAAUGACCGGGGCACCAGCCUCACCGCCGAGGAGGAGCGCUUCCUCGACGCCGCCGAGUACGGCAACAUCCCAGUGGUGCGCAAAAUGCUGGAGGAGUCCAAGACGCUGAACGUCAACUGCGUGGACUACAUGGGCCAGAACGCGCUGCAGCUGGCUGUGGGCAACGAGCACCUGGAGGUGACCGAGCUGCUGCUCAAGAAGGAGAACCUAGCGCGCAUUGGCGACGCCCUGCUGCUCGCCAUCAGCAAGGGCUACGUGCGCAUCGUAGAGGCCAUCCUCAACCACCCUGGCUUCGCCGCCAGCAAGCGCCUCACUCUCAGCCCCUGCGAGCAGGAGCUGCAGGACGACGACUUCUACGCUUACGACGAGGACGGCACGCGCUUCUCGCCGGACAUCACCCCCAUCAUCCUGGCGGCGCACUGCCAGAAAUACGAAGUGGUACACAUGCUGCUGAUGAAGGGCGCCAGGAUCGAGCGGCCGCACGACUAUUUCUGCAAGUGCGGGGACUGCAUGGAGAAGCAGAGGCACGACUCCUUCAGCCACUCGCGCUCGAGGAUCAACGCCUAUAAGGGGCUGGCCAGCCCGGCGUACCUCUCGUUGUCCAGCGAAGACCCAGUGCUCACAGCCCUAGAGCUCAGCAACGAGCUGGCCAAGCUGGCCAACAUAGAGAAGGAGUUCAAGAAUGACUAUCGGAAGCUCUCCAUGCAGUGCAAAGACUUUGUAGUGGGUGUGCUGGAUCUCUGCCGAGACUCAGAAGAGGUAGAAGCCAUUCUGAAUGGAGAUCUGGAGUCAGCAGAACCUCUGGAGGUACACAGGCACAAAGCUUCAUUAAGUCGUGUCAAACUUGCCAUUAAGUAUGAAGUCAAAAAGUUUGUGGCUCAUCCCAACUGCCAGCAGCAGCUCUUGACAAUCUGGUAUGAGAACCUCUCAGGCCUAAGGGAGCAGACCAUAGCGAUCAAGUGUCUCGUUGUGCUGGUCGUGGCCCUGGGCCUUCCAUUCCUUGCUAUCGGCUACUGGAUUGCACCUUGCAGCAGGCUGGGGAAAAUUCUGCGAAGCCCUUUUAUGAAGUUUGUAGCACACGCAGCUUCUUUCAUCAUCUUCCUGGGCCUGCUUGUGUUCAAUGCCUCAGACAGGUUUGAAGGCAUCACCACGCUGCCCAAUAUCACGGUUAUUGACUAUCCCAAACAGAUCUUCAGGGUGAAAACCACCCAGUUUACAUGGACUGAAAUGCUAAUUAUGGUCUGGGUUCUUGGAAUGAUGUGGUCUGAGUGUAAAGAGCUCUGGCUGGAAGGACCUAGGGAAUACAUUUUGCAGUUGUGGAAUGUGCUGGAUUUUGGGAUGCUCUCCAUCUUCAUUGCUGCUUUCACAGCCAGAUUCCUAGCUUUCCUUCAGGCAACAAAGGCACAACAGUAUGUGGACAGUUAUGUCCAAGAGAGCGACCUCAGUGAAGUGACACUCCCACCAGAGAUACAGUAUUUCACUUAUGCUAGAGAUAAAUGGCUCCCUUCUGACCCUCAGAUUAUAUCUGAAGGCCUUUAUGCCAUAGCUGUUGUGCUCAGCUUCUCUCGGAUUGCAUACAUCCUCCCUGCAAAUGAGAGCUUUGGCCCCCUGCAGAUCUCUCUUGGAAGGACUGUAAAGGACAUAUUCAAGUUCAUGGUCCUCUUUAUUAUGGUGUUUUUUGCCUUUAUGAUUGGCAUGUUCAUACUUUAUUCUUACUACCUUGGGGCUAAAGUAAAUGCUGCUUUUACCACUGUAGAAGAAAGUUUCAAGACUUUAUUUUGGUCAAUAUUUGGGUUGUCUGAAGUGACUUCUGUUGUGCUCAAAUAUGAUCACAAAUUCAUAGAAAAUAUUGGAUACGUUCUUUAUGGAAUAUACAACGUAACUAUGGUGGUCGUUUUACUCAACAUGCUAAUUGCUAUGAUUAAUAGCUCAUAUCAAGAAAUUGAGGAUGACAGCGAUGUAGAAUGGAAGUUUGCUCGUUCAAAACUUUGGUUAUCCUAUUUUGAUGAUGGAAAAACAUUACCUCCACCCUUCAGUCUAGUUCCUAGUCCAAAAUCAUUUGUUUAUUUCAUCAUGCGAAUCAUUAACUUCCCCAAAUGCAGAAGGAGAAGGCUUCAGAAGGAUAUAGAAAUGGGAAUGGGUAACUCAAAGUCCAGGUUUACAAAGUGCUUUGCUGUACAUUUGAACCUCAUGCAACGCUGUGAGUUAAACCUCUUCACUCAGUCUAACUCAAGAGUUUUUGAAUCACACAGUUUUAACAGCAUUCUCAAUCAGCCAACACGUUAUCAGAUAAUGAAAAGACUUAUAAAGCGGUAUGUUUUGAAAGCACAAGUAGACAAAGAAAAUGAUGAAGUUAAUGAAGGUGAAUUAAAAGAAAUCAAGCAAGAUAUCUCCAGCCUUCGUUAUGAACUUUUGGAAGACAAGAGCCAAGCAACUGAGGAAUUAGCCAUUCUAAUUCAUAAACUUAGUGAGAAACUGAAUCCCAGCAUGCUGAGAUGUGAAUGAUGCGGCAACCUGGAUUUGGCUUUGACUAUAGCACAAAUGUGGGCAAUAAUAUUUCUAAGUAUGAAAUACUUGAAAAACUAUGAUGUACAUUUUUAGUAUUAACUACCUUUAUCAUGUGAAUCUUUAAAAGUUAGCUCGUAAUGGUUUUAUUGUUUUAUCACAUGAAAAUGCAUUUUAUUUGUCUGCCUUGACAUUACAAUGACAUACCAUUGUGUUGAAAAGCCCAAUAUUACUAUAUUAUUGAAAUUUUUAUUCAUUUUAAACUCCACAUCUUUGCACUACCUGUUUGCCUCCAAGAGACUAUCAGUUUCUUGGGGACAGGGACCAUGUCUUAUUCAUCUUUGUGUCUCCAGCAUCUAGUACAGUGCCUGGUACAUAGUAGGUGCUCAAUAAAUGUUGAAACCAACUGAACUGAACUGCCAACAAAAUAAAAAUAAAAAGUCCUCACUAUGUAGCAUACCUUCCCUUGUCCAAGUUCUGAGUUCUGAAGAGAUCUUUUUUUUUUUUAAAUAGAAACUGAAGAAAUUUUACAACCAGCUAUGACUUGGUAAGACAUUCUUAGAAUUUUAGGUGUCACUGAUAAUCCUAGAACCAUUGAGCCCCUAGGGAAGAGUUUAACAACAAAAUCGGUUAAUGGAAAAUAUAAUUACAUUAAAUAUUUAAGUUUCAUAUAAUUAUUUAAAACAACACAUUAAAGAUUUUUCUAAAAUACAGACUGCUUGCUUUCUAUCUUAGACUUACAUUUGUCAUUUUUCAGUAAUGUGAUUUUCUUUUAAGUUGGAGAUUAUGCAGGGUUGUCAUUUUGUUAUAACGGUCUAUUUUCUGCCUCUGCUGCUUUAAUGCUAAAUGAGAUAUCAACAGCUGACUUCGUAUCUCAUCCGUGAGCUCCCUUCUGAGUUUUGGAGGGUCUGCUCAUGGGAAGAAAUAGGAAAGAGCAAUGACUAUGGGCGUACCUGGAAAGACAUGACCAAGCAUCCCCAAGUGUGUUUCAGUUCCUUUUGAGGCAUUUCCUGCCAUCAUUGCUUACAACGAUUGACAUCUUUUUUUCUUAUCAAAGGAUUCCAAUUCCACUUUCUAUAUAAAAUAGAUUGUGAUGUAUCUACGUAUGCCUUAUUACAUAACUGAGCUGAAUGCUGGUAAUAUCCGCAAUGCCUCUUGGGAAAAGGCAUACAGACCAGUAAGUUCCCCGGUCACUUCAGAGACCAUAAAACAUUCAAAGCAUUUUUUAACCAGCUAGGUUUAAAUCUCUCAUAGAGUUAUGUUUAGCAUCCUGAGUCCCUUCAGUCAGUUGCUGUCAAGUCUUAUAGGAAUACGAAUUGUGAUCAUAGCUCAAAGAGUUUCAGAGGUCCUUAAAACCAACUAAAUACAUGCUACUUUAAAAUCAUUGCUGUCACACAGAAAAGCUUUCUAGAUGUGAAGACAGAAAUAAGUGUUAAAUGGAACUACAUAAAGCUCUUUAAAGUUACUUCUUAAUUUCUACUUUUUGAGAGUUAAAUUAAGAAAGGAACUUUAUACAUUUUUUGCUACCAUUGUAGAAUAUUUCAUUAACUUUUGUGCGAUGCUAAGAGUAUUUGUCUUAAACAUUUUUAAGACUUCAUGUUGUGUCUCAGAACUGAAUAAAAUAUUGAAUUUUUCCAUUGUUAUAUGUUACCAUAUGUUAUAUUAAGGUAGUAAAGAUACAAAGUUUCUAUAAUAGAUAUUUCUGAUAGUUUUAUAGUAUGGUCCAGAUUCCAAGUGUGAAAAGUUUUUGCUUAUAGCUAUGGAACUGAAUAUUUUGUAAUUUUCUUCCUUGGGGUUGGAAAAAAUGCUGAAUGAAAAAGUGGCAGAUUCAGCUGGGGACAUUCAGCCUAUGAUCCUUGGAAUCUGAAGAUCAGAGAAGUAUGAAGAUAAGCCUCAUGGUAUCUACACGAUGUGAAUUAAAAAAAAAACUGACUUUUUUUUUUUUUUUUUUUUUGCAUCCAUGCCCCUCACAACUGUGGAGCUCUUAACAGGCAUUUUUUCUUUAUUUACUAUGUAUAAACUGGUAUAGUUUUAAUAUUUCAUCUUUUUCCUUAUCAUUUCAAGGUGGUGUUUCAGAAGAAGGUGUGAUGACAAAGUGUAGUGUGUGUGAUUGAUGUUUUUGAUGCCCUGCCCAGAUGCCCUCUACUGGGCCAGUGCACCUGUCUCCCAUAUUCUCCUGUCCAGUUCCUAGUUAAUCACUUCCCCUGGAGAAUUGCCCUCAGCUAAAAAGAAGCAGUUUUACCCUGGAUGUGAUGCCUCCAGCUUCCCAUGGCCAGUGACUGAUGGGGGGGGGCACAAAGGGCCGGCCCCAUGUCUCAAGGUGGGGCCAACUAUUUGGUGCAGUUCAUGCUCCAGAGCUCCUGAAAGGAUUAGGCUGAUGCCAGACUCAAGUUGAGAUGAAAUCUUGGUUUAGCUUCUUCCUCUGCCUUUUCAAGUUUCCUUCCCUCCCUUUCUCCAGAGAGCAUCCCCUUAAUGAGUCAUCACAUCCAAAUCUUGUUAGGUUUUGCUUUUAGGGAACUCACACUAAGACAGAAGGUAUUAAUGUGGUAGCCUACGGUUGAAAUGAGGAUUAGUCGAGGGGAUUGCUGUCAGAAUUAGUCCUUCACUUGAGGAUAAAGAUAGCUCUGGGUAGCAAGUCCUUUCCCUACUCACUUUUAACAGAUACCUUUGGGAAAACAAAGCUCAAAGUUGUUGGGGCAAUUCAGAGAAGGGAGCGUUUAAACAGGACCAAAAACAACUUUCUAGAAAAAAAAACAUUAAUUAAAGGAUUGUCAAAACCCCAGGACUCUUCUUUCCUUGGGACAUCUCUCAUUUUUUUACCUCUUUGCUAUUCUUAUUUUUUUCUCAGUUACAGAUAAAAUAAAGAAAAGAAAGCAACAGUCAAACUGCUUCUUAGACGUACUGUUUGAAAAGUUUGGUACUUUGUAAGUUCCUGCUAUAUUGAAUUUACAGAGCACCCGUGACUUUAUGGAAGUCACAAUCUGUUCAAAAGUUUGGGUUCUUAGACUUGAAAUAAUGAGAAAACUUUGAAAAAUGGUACACAAUAUCUUCAAAGAGUUUAUGCACAAUAAAAACUUUAAAAUGA